CUGGAGGUGAAGUGGGGUGGGGAUGCGCUAGAGGGGGUGGCGGUGACGUGACGUCACGACGGCGAUCGCGAUGGCGGGCCUGCUUUCCCAUCGACAGAGAGUCUGCCGCCUCUACAAGAAGGCGCUGCGCCACCUCGAGUCGUGGGUUGUCUACAGGGAUGAGUAUCGCUUCCAGGCGGUGCUCCUGCGGGAGCGCUUCGAGCGGAGCAAGGGCGAGAGGAACAUGGUGAGGGCGACGCAGCUUCUGGUGGACGGGGAGCAGGAGUUCUGGCUCAACCAGCACCCGCAGCCAUACAUCUUCCCCGAGGCGCCCGGAGGCACCAUGUACGAACGCUUCGAGUGCUACAAGGUGCCCGAGACUGUUCUGGAUUACUGGCAUCCGUCGGAGAAAGCCCAGUACCCGGAUUACUUUGCUAAGCGGGAGCAGUGGAAACAGCUUCGCCUGCAGAGCUGGGAGAAAGAGAUGAAACAGCUGCAAGCGGAGACCCCGGCGGACGGACCGACUACAGAGGCUUUGCCGCCGGCGCGCAAAGACGGGCAGCUCCCGCCGCUGUGGUGGAGCGAGGUGACCCGAUCGCGAGAGAUGCCCUGAGCCCUAUGCACACCCACACGCACACCCACACGCACACCCACACGCACACCCACACGCACACCCACACGCACACCCACACGCACACCCACACGCACACACACACGCACACCCACACGCACACCCACACGCACACCCACAUGCACACACACACGGCCACGCGCGGGUAGGCACACACAGUGGCCCAGUGGCUUAAUGUGACCGUGCCACCCGUGUACCAGUCGCAGUGUGUCCUAGUCGCAGUGUACCAGUUGGUGUACAACAACCACCGCUACGGUUGGAGAAGCAUCUUCUUGGUGAGAUCUUUUCCUUACCCAUAUCUGGUUUAGACAUUCGGUCCUAAGUCCCAGCCGUCGUUCAUGUCGUGGGGCGACACGGACACACAAACGUACGGGGGGGGGGGGGGGGGGGAGUGUCUCAAGCUUGCGGGACGAUGAGUCGGAAACGCUCUUAGACAUCCGCCGCCUCCCGGCGUUACGUUGGGACGUUACGUUGGGACGUUACGUUGGGACGUUACGUUGGGACGCCAGGUUGGGGACCCCCACGUUAGAAUUGAAAAUGGUUUUGGACAAUUGCCUCGCGUGAUCCGCGAUCGUUUAACCAACUUGCAAAUGGCACCGUGCGCAAUUACAAUAAAUUUGGAUUGCAUCACCA